AUGCACCCGGAGGCAAAUUUGCAUGCAGCAGGCGCCAUCACUGCAGUGUGCUUAAAAAGUGCCGACCAAGCAGAAAUCUCCACAAGUGAGCUAGAUCACCGGCCAGAUGAGUUGGACCCUGUUACUCUGAAUAUGCCGUCACUCGGCAGCAAUUUCAGUACGCAUUUUGGCAGUGGAGUCAGCUCUGAUGACGACUCGUUCUCGGAUCAAAGUAAUGCUGCCAUUCAGCUUCCAGAUCUCUUCAACAACUUGAUGUCGUCUACAGGCCAUAGACGAGAUAAGAGCUAUGAGACCUUCAAUAACUAUAACCUGCUUACAGAGGACGACACCUGUCUUGACGAGGAAUAUUUGCGACUGAAGGUGCUUGUAGACAAACUGAAUCAUGAAUUCAAAGCAAAGCUCAAACAUUUCUUCAUUCUAUCAGCGGCGGGAAAGCCCAUCUACUCUUUACACGGCAAUGACGAUGUUCUUUUGGGAUACAUGGGGCUAAUAACAACAAUAAUUGCCAGUUUCCAGGAUGGCUUGAAGCAGGAGGUCACUUCAGUAUCGCUGGGUCUGCUUAGAAUCGUGGCCAAGAAUAAACACCCGCUUAUAUUGGUAGCAAUUUCCAAAAUCCCACACGAGAUAAACUCAAGUGCCCCAAGCAAUAAAUCAAUCCUAGAAAAUCAGUUGGAGUUCCUUUAUAGCUAUAUGCUUGCCGUGCUUUCACGAGCAGUAAUAGUGAAGAAAUUCGAAUCCGGAAUGAAUUAUGAUCUACGAAGAAUCUUAACCACUCAAGACUUCAACGCGCUCGACACUUUGGCCAUGAAACUUACCUACGGUGUUCAUUCCACAGAUGAAAAUGCUCGGAUAAUUGAUACAUCAUAUUCAAUCGGGGCUUCCCUCAAUUCCAUCCGCUGUGUUAGAAUCAGCAAUACAUGUCGUACUAAACUCAGUGACAUUCUUCUCUCUGUCAAAAACCUCAAAGUACCCAAGGAAGACGGGGAUUUUGUUUCUACAAUCUCCAACAAGCUCUACAUGACGGAAGAGAUAACGCUUGUGGCAGCUGAUCUCCUUUUUGGAUUCAUCACCAUGGAAGACAGAGUUGUAACACACUUACGCCCGCGAAAUCAUAAAUUAACAAGCAGAGAUAUAUCUACCUUGCUCUAUAUCAUAGGACUGAAUUCAGAGUCUUUGACCUCAGGCAAAGACGCAGAUUUAUGGAUUCCACUAUGUAUGCCCGAGUUCAAUAAUUCUGGGUUUCUUCACUGCUAUGUCAAGACGUUUCUGCUUAGCUCUUGUGACCGACCCAUGACUAUUAUUCUCGUAAGUGGCAACAAGAACUCUUUCUUCAACAUGAAAGAAGCAGCAAACUAUGCAGUUGCAAAGAUAAAAGGAAAGAAACUGUUUUCAAAGAGGCUUGGGAUGGAAUUGUCUUUGUCGAACGGCAAAAGCACAGUGUUGGGCGAGCUCAAGAUUUCAACAAUUAAGCAUUUCAUUUACAAACGCAAGGAGUAUAAUCAGAUCUUUAUUGAUGAUAUUACACAAGAGACAGCUUUUUCCAACUUAUCAAAGUUCCAAUAUUCCUCCCUGAUAAUAUCGCUCUAUUCGAAUCUAAUAAUUUCGAAGGGAGACGAAAAUGACAUGCCACGAUUCAAAUCGAAAAAGCUUACGUACUCCCGUUUACACACGGAGGAGGAUUUCAUUACGGGGAUUCUUUUGACAGAUCAAAACUAUGAAUUUUAUUGCUUGUGCGAGGGAUCCGUUUCAUCCCAGAUAAUAAUCGAUGAAAGCCUCCGAAUUAUAAAGUGGUGUGACCGCUACAAGAGGCGUUUGUUCGUCGGAGAAGGCAUUUGCUUCUGA